ACGCGCUAAUAGAGAGAAAAAAGAAGAGGCGGGGGCAGCGGAAGAGGGCGGAAGCGGGUCGGUAAAUUACGGGUGGAGGAGUGUGGAGAAACGCUGAGGUUCGGUAAUAACAGCAUGAUACACAAUCCAAUACUAUGGGUUCCAACCGAGUGACUGCAAGAGAACUCUGUGAGAAUGAUGACUUGGCAACCAGCUUGGUGCUUGAUCCUUUAGUGGGAUUCCGAACACACAAAAUGAAUGUCGGUCCACUGCCUUCUAUAAGGAGACAGCAUCAUUUGAGAGAGGCACUGCACACAUUCCGUAAGAAGCGAGACCUGGAGGCAGCAUUCCGUGCUCUUAUAACAGGGGCUAAUCAUUACCUCAAAAACCAAAUCACACAGCAGGAAGCUACACUGAAGGCACAUAUAUUCCGGUACCUGCGGAUGUUCCUGCCAGAGAGUGGCUUCAUGAUUCGGUCUUGCAAUCGAUACUCUAUGGAAGCCAAUGGAGCCAAAGUAGUUGCUACAAAACCUUGGGUAAAGAAUGAGAAAAUUGCUCUGCUUGUUGGCUGCAUAGCGGAGUUAACCAAAGCUGAUGAAAGCCUCCUUCGCUUUGGUGAGAAUGACUUCAGUGUUAUGUACUCCACCAGGAAGAAGUGUGCACAGCUUUGGCUGGGGCCGGCUGCUUUUAUUAAUCAUGACUGUCGGCCCAACUGCAAGUUUGUUCCUUCAGAUGGAAAUGCAGCUUGUGUAAAAGUUCUCAGGGACAUUAAGCCAGACGAUGAAAUUACCUGCUUCUACGGAGACAGUUUUUUCGGAGAAAAGAAUGAGUGCUGCGAGUGCUGCACUUGUGAAAGAAAAGGGGAGGGAGCAUUCAGACUGCUGAAGAAAGAUCCCAGUGAAUCUACCUCAUCAGAGAAAUACCAGCUCAGAGAAACUGAUGGUCGCCUGCAAAGGUUGCAGGGUCAAAGCGACAAACAAACCCAGCAUGGCAAUAAACGAAAACGUGUUUCAGGUUCAAGAUGUAGAUCAUCGCCAAGCCUCAAAAAGAGCCCUGUAAAUAGCAAGAAUAGCAUUUUUCUGUCACGUCUCAGGUCGCCAUUUUCAUCUCCAUAUUCCCGCUCUUGCCAUAGAGCUCAGCGCUCCCCUAUUAACAGGUCACAAAUGCCAGUAAAGUUUGUAUUGCCUCCUGGAACCAUCAUAAGAGACAUACGCAUAAACCUGCACAAUCCCAAAUGUAGUCGGUACUCUUCAGCUGCAGGAACACCUAGUGAAGUCCAUGGCUGCAAAUUGAGCAAAGAGCCUGUGGUGAGACUUAGCCGGCAAAAUGUAAGUCCUGAUAAGCUAAGCUUUUACCAAGCUGUUGAUCGAGCCCUGCACAAUUCAUCUCGAACAUCUCUACAAGGCAAAACGAAUGCUCUGGAGAAAAACGCCAAAGAUCAUACUUUGAAUUGUGCACUUUUUAAUGAACCUAAUGUGGUGGAGGAGCAUUUGGAUCUUGAAUACCUCUCAGCCACUACCAGCUGCUGUAGAGAUGAACUGGAUGUAGAUGUCUAUGAAAAUCAAAACUGUGUAUCUGAUUCCAUUUCAAACUCUGACAGACUGAGCACAAAUGGCACCGAUAUCUCCAUGGUUCAACCAGAGUUUGAUAUUCUUGCUUCUCCUUCAAACUCGAAUAGAUUAUGUUCGGCUGUUGUAUCACAAAUGCAGGACGAUAACUUUCCACCAGCUGCAUCCUUACCUGAAAACACUGUGAACCUAAACAAUUCAAGCUUCAAAUUAUUUUCAGAUUCUGUGUCGCUUAAACAGCUUGGUUUAACACAUUAUGUCACAGUCAACUUGAGCAAAUCAAGAGUUUCCGGUGCUGAAUAUUCAAAUACACCAAGCUUUUUCCAUUCCGAUGUCAGAAAGCAUAAGCGUAAUCGCAAUCAAAAGCCAUUUACUGGAUUUUCACAUGAUCAGAUAGUUACAAAAAAUGCUAAUGAAAGUCCGGUCAUUGCUGAAAACGGCUCCUUAACAGAACCAGCUGAUAUAAAUGUGAAACCUAGGACAGGGACAUGCACAAAUGAAGUCUUCUCUUUACAAUCCACACCUACAAUGUUUAAAGUUCCAAACAAGCGAAGAAAGACCACUUUUCAUAAAAAGAGGCGGACAACCCAUCUAGACUUUAAUGGGCUCAUUAAAGUGACAGGCAAACAUAGAAUAAGCAGACCUGAAAGACGUCACUCUGCUCCUCAUGCACUACUCAGUAUCGAAAUGCAGUCUGAUCCCAAGUUAUCGUUAAAGCCAUACGUAGAACUCGGUUUAAACAACAAUCUCAAAAGAAAAGUCUCUGUUUCAGAAGCACAAACAUGUCCUGUGCCAUUAACGGAGGGAGCUGCUGACAAGAGCAUGUUCAUCUCAUCACAGUCUGAGCUUUUGGCUAAUGGUAACAAGAGAAAAAAUGUGACCUUUAGUCCUUUUACACCUUCCAAAAGACUGCGUCUUGUUGUUAAUAAUGGUUCUAUAGAUCUGGACAUUGCAUCCUCUGCUAGCGAUGAGUCCAACUGAAAAGCCCAAACCCAAUGUCAUUCCAUUUUUUUUUUGUCAGUGAUUCCAAAGUUUAGAUGAAGAAACUGCAGGAUUUACAGUUUUUUGCCAGGUCAAACAUUUUGACUGCGGGUGCUGUUUGGUUUUAUAUAUUUUUCAAUGACUUAAUCAUCCCCUCCCAAGUUCCUACUUUUGAAUUGACACACCAGUUUGCCUUAGUCUCUAAAGCAGGUUGACAUCCAAUUUUAUGUAGUGUCUUCAUCCUCCUAUUUUUAAAAAGUAACAAAACCUGAUGGACAUCAUUACACACAUGCUUUGUCCCGGUUUUGAUUCUCACUCCCAUUAGUUAGCUUUUGUGUUAUCAUGGGUUGUUAAUCUUUAUGGUGCUAUGUCUAUUAUCUAAAAGGUAAUCCCUUUUAGAAUUGGAGACUUCUUGCCACUAAACAUUGCUUUAUAUGUAAUGGCAAAGUUUCUGUAUUGUAUGAUCUGUAUUGUUUGCAUCUUUUUGUUGUAAAAAAAAAAAAAAAAAAAUACACAGAAAACUGACUGUACUAAAUGUGGUACCAGCCGGAUUAAAACUCUUUAUACAAGUUCCAA